UCCACCUCCACCAAUCCAACCAACCAUUGGCCAUUGCAGAGAAGAGAUUACUUUAAGAAUGGGCUACUCGAAGCGCAUUGCACUGGUACUUGUAGCGGCUGUUGUAGCGCUCCACGUCCAUGUCCCGAUGGCCACAGCAGCGAACUCCAACCUCUUCCGGGACUACAUCGGCGCCAUCUUCAACGGCGUCAAGUUCACCGACGUCCCCAUCAACCCGAGGGUCCGCUUCGACUACAUCCUCGCCUUCGUGAUCGACUACACCACCGCGACGGAGCCGCCCACCCCGACCAACGGCCAGUUCAACAUCUUCUGGCAGGACUCGGUGCUGACGGCGUCCGCGGUGGCCGCCAUCAAGCAGAGCAACCCGAACGUGCGGGUGGCCGUCAGCAUCGGCGGCGCCACCGUGAACGACCGCCCUGUGUUCUUCAACAUCACCUCCGUCGACUCCUGGGUCCAGAACGCCGUCUCCUCCCUGACCACCAUCAUCCAGAAGUACAACCUGGACGGCAUCGACAUCGACUACGAGCAGUUCCAGGCCGACCCGGCCACCUUCGCCGAGUGCAUCGGCCGCCUGGUCACCACGCUCAAGAGCAACGGGGUGAUCAGCUUCGCGUCCAUCGCCCCGUUCGACAACGCCGACGUGCAGCGCCAUUACCAGGCCCUGUGGGCGACCUACGGAAGCGUCAUAGACUACGUCAACUUCCAGUUCUACGCCUACGGCGCCAGCACGACCGAGGCGCAGUACGUCGACUUCUUCAACCAGCAGCUUGUCAACUACCCCGGCGGCAACAUCCUGGCCAGCUUCACCACGGCGCCCACCACCACGUCGGUGCCCAUCAACACGUCGCUCAGCGCUUGCCAGACAUUGCAGUCGCAGGGCAAGCUCUACGGGAUCUUCAUCUGGGCAGCCGACCAUUCCAGGAGCCAAGGCUUCAAGUACGACACACAAGCACAAGCACUGCUCGCCAACGCCCCUGCUGGCUACUAGUAGAUGGCUACCAUACCUUCAAUGCGUUUAAGUUGGAUUUGGAUUUCAUUUUCAGGUGAACAAAUAAUAUUAUUAUGUAUGGAAUAAGGCUGUCAUUGGAAUAUAAUACGGGGCUAUUUCUAUAUUCCUGUGUUCUCUAUAAAAAUUAAACAAUUCUUAUAA